AUGAGGGAUGAGAAGGAAAUGAAAGAGGGAGCUAAAGAAAGCUGGACAGAAGUAGUCAAGAGAGGAAAGAAAAAUAAGGGGAAAAAGGACAAGGAGGGAGGCAUAAAGAGUGCAAAGAUUACCCAAGGGGAUGAUGGGAAGAACUCGAUGAGUCCCCGACCGGUAUCGUUACCGACACAGAUUAAGGCAGGACAAAAGUCCCCGCCAGUCCGCCAUAUUCCAAGGACCGCAGCGGUAACGAUAACAGGCAAGGAUAAAGAUGCUCCCUAUGAUGAGAUACUUCGGAAGGCUAGGCAAAAUAUCCAGUUAAAUGAACUAGGUAUAGAUAAGUCUAAACUCAGGAAAGCAGCGAACGGAGGUUAUGUCAUUGAGAUUCCUGGCCCUGAGAAUGGUAGGAAGGCUGACGCACUGGCUGAGAAGCUUAAAGCGGUAUUACCAGAGGAUAUAAGGGUGGCUCGACCAUCCAUAAAAGGUGAGAUUAGGAUCAUCGGUUUCGACGGUUCGGUUACUCAAGGAGAGAUAAUCUUCGCAAUAGAGGAUAAAGGAGGUUGCAAAACCGAUGAGAUCAGGAUAGGUGACAUAAACAGGAUGAAUAAUGGCCUCUAUACAGUGUGGGCGCAAUGCCCACUAGCGGCUGCUCUGAAAAUCUCGGCAUCACGAAAGAUCCAGAUAGGCUGGACAGUUGCAAGGGUAGAGCUGUUAAAGAAACGACCAGUUCAAUGUUAUCGCUGUUGGAGAUUCGGUCACCUUAAAACGGCAUGUAAUGCACCAGUGGACAGAAGUAAUUCGUGUUAUGGUUGUGGAGAGGCUGGACACUCUAUUCGUAAUUGUAGUAGCCCUCCAAGAUGUAUUGUGUGUACAAGUGAAGGAAGAGACGGUAACCAUCGUCUGGGCUCAUUCCGAUGUGAGCUCGUUAAGGAGGCUGGGAAAACGGUUCCCGCAAGAAUAGAGGGAAAAGAACCCGCGCGGAGGGCGGAGCCAAUGGACGCCACCAAUGAAGAUUAA